UUCAAAAUUUGACACACCUGGGACGAGUAGAUCAGAGGUGGGAAAUUUGAAAAAUUCAAAUUUUUACACACCUGGGACAAGUAGAUCAGAGGUGGGAAAUUUCAAAAAUUCAAAUUUUUACACACCUAGAACUGGAUCAGAAGCGGGAAAUCCGGGAAACUCAAAUUUCGACACAAAUAACCACGAAAACCCUGGAAAAAACAGUAGAUCAGAGGCGGGAAAUUCGGAAAACUCAAAUUUCGAUAAAAAUAAUCCUGGAAACCCUGGAACAAGCCGUGGAUCUGAGGGGGGAAAUUCGAAAAAAUCAAAUUUCGACCCAAAUAAUCCCGAAAAGCCUGGAACAAGCCGUGGAUCUGAGGGGGGAAAUUCGGAAACCUCAAAUUUUGAAACAAAUAACCCCGCUUUAGAGUCAAUCAGCACAAAAAUGCUGUGGAAACUCAGAAAAUUUUAUUCGCAGACUCCAAGCGAAAUUCAAAUGCGAACGCGUAAUUUAUCGUCCUGUUAUCAGAGUGUUCAGAAUGUCGUGUUGCAAAGAAGACUCAGUUUUGAUGUGGAGCUGGGAAAUGGUACGAGGUGCGUCCCAAAAUUGAGGAGAUGUUUCUCGGGCCCUGCACAGAAAAGUGGGGAGUUUUCCAGUAAAGAGAUGAUGCCUCCACUACCAAACAACACAGUCGAGAGUCCAGCACGGCCCCAAAUCGCCACCAUUGAAAGUCUACCGAAACAGCGCAACUCGCUACCAACCUCGCCAACACUCAACAACAGUCCUACCAGCCUUCUCAACAACAACAACAACAGCAGUCCCACCAAUGUGCGCAACAACAGCCGUAACAGCGGUAGCGGGAUGUUGUCAACAACUCUCAACAACAGCUCGGGGAAUCUUCUCAACAACAGUGGUAGUAGCAAUGCGCGCGACUGUGGUGGGAUUUUGUCAACACUCAACAACAGUGGUACCAAUGUGCGCAACAACGGGAUGAUGUCAACAACGACGACAUUCGAAACUAGUGGUCAGAGUGGUACUUCGACAAGUAACGGUGGUGUGUUGCACGAGAUUCUCGACACGACAAACUUUAACCGGGAAAUUGAGCGGUUGAAAACGUUCGAGGGUUGGCGUGUGCCGUUUCUGAGCGCGGCGCAAAUGGCCGAGGCUGGGUUUUAUUACACGAAAAAGGACGACAUUGUGAGGUGCGCGUUCUGUGGCGUGGAGGUGGGCAGUUGGGUCGAAGGCGACAAUCCGAUGGUGGAUCAUCAAAGGUGGUCGCCGGCGUGCCGGUUCCUCAGGAAGUUGCCGGUCGGUAACGUGCCGUUGACUGCCGGAGAGAUGCCCGGCGGAUCUGGACGGACGCCUAGUGAAGGUUACGACACAUGUGGCAACAACGCAACCCGCCAGUACGGCAUAGUGCUCCGCGAGGGUGCGGAGGCGGCAGAAGCUCUGAGGGCUGGGGGCAGCCCGGGCGGUAGCAGCUGCGCCGCUCCCCUGGCCAUAGAGAAGCUGGGCAUCCAACAGAUGCGGCCCCCCGCUUACCCCAUGUUCGCCACCAAUGAGGCCAGACUUGCUUCGUUCGCCAUGUGGCCCAUAUCGCUCAAACUCAAGCCCAACGUGUUCAGCGAGGCCGGGUUCUUCUAUACAGGGAAGGGCGACCAAACGAUCUGCUACUACUGCGGAGGCGGCCUGAAGGACUGGGAGGAGUCGGACGUGCCCUGGGAGGAGCACGCCAAGUGGUUCAAUCGCUGUCACUAUGUGCUCUCCAUCAAGGGCAAACAAUUUGUCGACAAAGUUUGCAACAAAAAGUCCCAACAGGAUGAAACAGCGAUACAAACCGAACAGACUGAAUCUGAGUCGGCGCCACUAUCGACGGAGCCAAGAAAUGAGAGCGAACCGUCAACAACAACGUCUACAUCGGUUCAACCGAGCAGUGCGUCGAGCAGUGUUGCAAGCAAUGCUGCAAGCAAUGUUGAAAGCGCAGCCUCGCCAACCGCCGACAGCCGUCUGUGCAAGAUCUGCUACAUGGAGGAGAUGGGCAUUCUGUUCCUGCCCUGUGGACACAUUGUGGCAUGCCCCAAGUGUGCCCUUCUGCUCACCACUUGCGCCGUCUGCCGUAAGCCGUAUUCGGCCACCGUACGGGCGUUCCUGUCCUAGACGCAUGGAAGCUGCAAGAACUACAUGCGUUCUCCUUCACUCCUAGACGUUGUCAAGAUAUACUUACGUUCCUGACGUCGUCAAGAAGGCAAGGAAGUUGCAAGAAGACGUACGUUUCUCUCCUAGACGUUGUCAAGAUCUACGCACGCUCCUUCUAUCUUUGACGUCGUCAAGAAGGCACGGAAGUUGCAUGAUGAACAUUUCUUCUCUCCUAGACGUCGUCAAGAAGGCACGGACGUUGCAAGAGGAAAGAACUCACGUUCAUUUUCUAGAUGUCGUCAAGAAGGCACGGAAGUUGCAAGAUGAACGUUGCUUCUCUCCUAGACGUCAUCAAGAAGGCAAGGAAGUUGCAAGAAGUUUUGUACGUUUCUCUCCGAGGUGUAUUUAAGAUCUUUUUGCGUUUCUUCUCUCCUAGACGUCGUCAAGAAGGCACGGAAGUUGCAAGAGGAACGUACGUUUCUUUCGUGGGAGUUGAAGUGUCGUGGUGAAUAGUGAGACUGUAGUGGAACGUGAUGUUGGAAGUUGCAAGGAGUGUUUGUAGAUCUAGUGAGGCUUUAGUGGGACUAGUUGUUGAAAGAAAGUUGAAGAAAGGCAUGAAAGAUGCAAGAACGUUGCUGGGGAAUUAAUGGGACUAGUUGAAAGAAUACUGAAGUGGCAAGAGAUGUUUCUAGAGCAUGUCACAUGAAAAUUGUACUUUUAAUGGAAGGACUUUUAGGGAUAAGCUCUGAAAAGUGAGAUUGUAAGUUGCUUACAGUGUUUGUAGCACAUGUUUUGAUGUUGUUCUUGAAAUGUGAAUUCACAAAUUCUUGUGAAUAGAGUUUGUCGAAAAGAAGUGUUUUCAGCUAUCUGUUGUAUGAAGUACAUACGAGUUGUAGAGGAACGAUUUAAGACGUUGACUUGAAAACGCUUAAAAUAUUACAAGAAUUGAUUUCAGCUGCAGAUCAUGGCACAUUUUAACUUGUGAGGGAACUGUGUCUAUAUUUUUACAUGAUCUACAAACACUGUGCAACGUUGUAAGUUAAAAACUUUGAAAACGUUGAUUUGAAUCAAAUUGUUUUGAUUCUAAAUUAUGGCAAGGCGUAAAUAACACCUAGGCGUAGGAUUCCACCUCACUAUCUAGUCUUGAAAAAAAAAUUAAACUGAAACACAUUGUGGCGACUUGUGUAAUUCUUG